GAAAUGCCCGGUUGCCGACUGGGUCAGAGCACCGAACCGCAACUCCAUUCCGCAUCUUUCCUAACGACGACGACCUUUGCAACAUUAUCCUAUCAUUUCGCUCAUUUCGACAUUAUCCACCAAAUUGAACGCAUACUCGGUCGAGAUAUCCAUCGGGCUUUCGUCCGUAAAGCCAUCAUCGGCUAACUAUCAUUAAUCCACGAACCUCACGCUUAUCUCCAAUCAGUCAAGAUGUCGAACCGACAACUCGCCCGCGACAUGCAAGUCGAAUUCCAGGCUCGCUUCCAAGCCAAACAAGCCCGCCGCGAGGCCCAAAAAGCCGCGAAACAGGACCCGCUCUUAAAGAAGCAGAUCCAAGAGCUACUAAAAAAAGGCGACACAGCGAAGGCGUACCAGAAAGCCAAGGUCCUGCUCUCAAAGCAGGCUCUCGCGCAGCAGAUGGACCAGAUGGCCGACAUGGCCGAGCUGAGCGUAUCGCAGAUCCAGGCGAACAACGCGAUGAACCGCAUGACGCACAUGAUGGGGCAAUCCUCGCGCACCAUGAACGCCGCCCAGCGGAACAUGAACCCGGAGCGCACCCUCAUGACGCUCGAGCAAUUCAAGCAGCAGAACGAAGAAUACGCCGUGAACAACGGGAUCUACCAAGACGCGAUUUCGCAGACGACCUCGCAGCAGGUAUCCGAGGAAGCCGUGCACGAGCUGCUGGGCAAGCUCGCCGACGACGCCGGCGUCCAGCUCAACUCCCAGCUGAACGCCGCGCAGCCCAGCAGCGCCGAGCCCGCUUUGCCUGCCGCCGCGGAACCGACGGCCGAGGAGGAGGACGCGCUGCAGCAGCGCCUGAGGGCUCUUAGGGCUUAGAAGGCUGGGGGCUUUGAUGGCGGUGCUGGUGGUGAUGGCGAUGGUGGUGCGGGAGGGGGUGGUGGUGGGGGUGAUGAGGAGGAGCGGGUUGCGCAGUUGGCGAUGUGAGUGCUAAGUGGAGUGACUGGCUUGACUGCAACAAGUAGGACUAGAAGCACACCCGUGAGAUGGAUGUAGAGGGAAGGCAGACUUUGAUUACCUAGCAUUAACAACAACAUAAGGGACGGGUUUGGCGUUCCGGUUUCUCAUGUUUGUCCCCGGGGGCUGAUAUGGCAUCGCUUAUUAGUUACCAGGGACUAGAAACAAAUGAUGUUUUUUUUUUUGCUCCUUGAUGGGCGGGGUUUGGGACUUGUGGGUUGGGUUGUUGAAUGAAUAGACGAUUUUUAAGUCUUGCGUGCUGCUUAUGUCUUCAACGUGUUAAUGUAGAUGGGUUUAUGUUGAUAUGUAAGUGAAUUAAUUAACGGGGCAACAACAUGAUUUUAUUAUUACUUAUGC